AUGACAAGGGACUACACUGUUUUUGAAGAAGUCAAGGCGACCAAAAAGGACAUUCUUAACUGUAGAUUUUCCAGCUGGUACCCCAAGUUGCAGGAACAUUCGUUUGAAGCGGAGAUUUUAGGUCCUUUACCAUCUCAGUUUGUUGAGUACUUGGGGGCUGAAAGCAUCAGAUUACCACUCGAAGACAAGGUCGAACUUGAUGUCACCAGCGAUAACGAGUACAGUGACUGGGAGGAUGAAGAAGACAGUGCAGAAGAGCUGGACCCAAUACAAGGGUUUGUCGACCUCCACGAACAAGUGAAUGAGGUGGUGAAGAAGUACCGGGCAGUUGCACCCAAGUUAAACUGGUCAGCGCCCAAAGACAGCUGCUGGAUCAUGCUCAACAAAACUAUGAAGUGUCAAAGCGCGAGCGAUGUGUACUUGAUGUUAAAUGCUUCAGACCACAUUACUCAUGAUUUGGACUUUCCGUUCGAAGACACCCACGAUGAAGAAAGUGAUCCCGAGUUUGACUACGAGUUGGUGCUACGUAAGUGGAGAGACAUUAACCCUGCAUUGGAGUUCAGGGUGUUUGUGAGAAAUGGCGAGGUGGUGGGCAAAUCGCAACGGGACUUGAACUACUACGAUUACUUGGAGAAGCUCAUUGGAGAUAAUAAGCUUGAUGACACAAUCAACCUGUUUGUGAAGAAAACAGUUGUGCCGGUGAUCGAGAAUAGAAGCUUUAUCGUGGAUGUGUAUGUUCCUAAGCCGUUUUCGAAGGUGUAUGUGGUUGAUAUAAACCCGUUUACAAGAAUUACUGACUCGAUAUUGUAUACGUGGAGUGAGCUUUUGAACGACAAGGAGGAUAAAACGAGACUUAUAACUGAAACUAACAUAGGCCGGUUCAAGACGAAAGCAUACUCGGAGAACCAGGUGCCACUAGACGUGAUACAAGCGAGCCUGGACCCUAAUUCUUUGGCGCAGUUGGCUCGAGAAUGGCAGAUUAACGAGAAGAAGUAG